AUGUUUGCAUUCUUAUCAGAAGCUGGCCAUAGGCGCCAAAUCGAUUCUAUGUUGCAUUCUUAUCAAGAAGCUGGCCAUGGCGCCAAAUCGAUUCUAUGUGCAUUCUUAUCAAAGAAGCUGGCCAUAGGCGCCAAAUCGAUUCUAUGUUGCAUUCUUAUCAAGAAGCUGGCCAUAGGCGCCAAAUCGAUUCUAUGUUGCAUUCUUAUCAAGAAGCUGGCCGCAAACCAAAUCGAUUCUAUGUUGCAUUCUUAUCAAGAAGCUGGCCUAGGCGCAAAUCGAUUCUAUGUUGCAUUCUUAUCAAAGCUGGCCAUUGGCCCAAAUCGAUUCUAUGAUGCAUUCUUAUCCAGCAAAUCGAGUCUAUAUUAUCAAGGCAUGAAAGCUGGCCAUAGGCGCCAAAUCGAUUCUAUGUUGCAUUCUUAUCAAGAAGGCCAUUGGCGCCAAAUCGAUUCUAUGUUGCAUUCUUAUCAAGAAGCUGGGCCAGGCGCCAAAUCGAUUCUAUGUUGCAUUCUUAUCAAGAAGCUGGCCAUAGGCGCCAAAUCGAUUCUAUGUUGCAUUCUUAUCAAGAAGCUGGCCAUAGGCGCCAAAUCGAUUCUAUGUUGCAUUCUUAUCAAGAAGCUGGCCAUUGGCGCCAAAUCGAUUCUAUGUUGCAUUCUUAUCAAGAAGCUGGCCAUAGGCGCCAAAUCGAUUCUAUGUUGCAUUCUUAUCAAGAAGCUGGCCAAGGCGCCAAAUCGAUUCUAUGUUGCAUUCUUAUCAGAAGCUGGCCAUAGGCGCCAAAUCGAUUCUAUGUUGCAUUCUUUAUCAAGUUGGGCCAUAGGCACCAAAUCGAGUCUAUGA